AUGGCGAACCCUUUAGACACCGAGUGCGCAAACUGUAAGAUCUGCAGCUGGAUCAAGAAUGUGGGCGAAAAGCGCCUCUCGGAGCUGAAGAGCCUGGAUAAUUCUCUGGAUGGGCUGCUUCAUGCCAAGAGGCAAUUCCAGGACUUGGCACUGAUGGCAGAUGAGUGUUGCCAGAGGGGAUGGGAAGCGCUGAGGAGGUGGGACGGGGAGGAAGAUCCACUGGCCAGGGCACCUCAGGUAGGCUGCAGAGCCCAGCUGCAGGAGUACAAGAACCAGCUGCUGGGAUUCUGCAAAGAGUUGGAGGCCAGCAGGAGCCGGAUAGAGCAGGCGGUUGAGCUCUACAGAUUCUUGGAAGAGGCAGACAGGUGGGCAGAGGAGGGGAUGCAGCUCCUGGCCAGCCUCAGUGGGGACAACGGUUCUGCGACUGUUGGGCCUCUGCAGAGCCACUGGGAGCAGCACCUGGGCAUGAGUGAUUCCCAGUUUCAGAAGAUGAAGAAGCUGGCCUGUCUGCUGCCGAGCACGGGUCCUCUGAAGAAGUGGCAGCUGGUCUGGUCCAAGUGUCAAAGGACCAAGCUGGCUUUGGAGAUGAGGCUAGAAGCUGCGCUGAGGACCCAGCAGUCGCCGGCUCCCCCCAACCUGAAGCCCUCAGAAGAGGGAGAAUCCUGCUUGGCCAGUCCAGACAACGGGACCCCUCUGGCUAAAGUUCCCAACCUGGCACCUCUACCUGAAAAGCCAAGUGAAUGUUCCAGACGGCCCGGGGGCAACACAGGGGACCCUUGCAAUGGAGCUGGAGGGAGCCUGUGCCAGGCUGCUUGUAGCCAUUCUUGUCAGCUGGCUGUUACUCCGAAGCCAUCAUGCUGGCUCUGUAAUGGGAGAGCCCCUCUGGAAGCCCCUUCCUCUACACAGCUCUUCUCCAGAAGGAUGAGGAAAGCCUGGAGUGCUGACCUUCCCAGCUCAGAGGGACCUGACCCCAGCCACUCUGGCACCCGCGGAGUCUGGAUGAAAGGCUUGGAAGUCAGCAGCAUGGAGCUGGUGGGAGGGGCCUGCGAAGGCCAGCAGCCCCUCCGCUCAGCUGCCUCAUCUACCUGCCGCCCGCAAGAGGAUCAGAGAGGGAGGGGCCUCUUACCAGAAGCAAGGAGCUGGAGCAGCAAACCGCAGCGCAUCAUGGAGGAGAUGGUGACGACGGAGCAGGAGUAUGUGCGAUCUUUGUGCUACAUCCUUGACAACUAUUUCCCUGAAAUGGAGCGGCUGGACCUGCCACAGGACCUGAGGGGAAAGCGAGGCAUCAUUUUUGGGAAUUUGGAGAAGAUAUACAACUUCCACAGCCAGUAUUUCCUGAGGGAACUGGAGCUCUGUUGCAGCCACCCUCUGCGCGUCAGCCAUUGUUUCCUGAGACAUAAAGAUCAGUUUGGGAUGUAUGCCUUGUACAGUAAAAACAAGCCCAAGUCUGACUCAUUGCUGGCCAGUCAGGGGAACGCUUUCUUCCGGUUCAAGCAGAUGCAGCUGGGAGAUAAGAUGGACCUGGCCUCCUACCUCCUGAAGCCCAUCCAGCGCAUGAGCAAGUAUGCCUUGCUCCUCAAAGAUCUCAUCGGGACGUGUGGGGAGGCCCAAGAGCAGGAGCUGGCAUACCUGCGAGCGGCAGAGCAGAUGGUGCGCUUCCAGUUGCGGCAUGGAAAUGACCUCCUGGCCAUGGAUGCCAUCCGCCACUGUGAUGUGAACCUCAAGGAGCAGGGACAGCUGAUGCGCCAGGACGAGUUUAGCAUUUCUCUGGGCCGAAGGAAAUACCAGCGCCAUGUCUUCCUCUUUGAAGACCUGAUCCUCUUCAGCAAGCCUAAGCGAGGGGAGAGCGCCCUGGAUGUCUACAUCUACAAACGUUCCUUCAAGAUGGCAGAAAUUGGCCUAACGGAGAAUUCGGGGGAGAGAGGCCUGUGCUUUGAGAUCUGGUUUAGGAGGAGGAAAUCCAGGGACACCUACAUCCUGCAAGCCAGCAGCCCAGAGACCAAGCAGGCCUGGACAAGCGACAUCACCAGGAUCCUCUGGGAACAAGCUGCCCGCAACAAAGAAGUCCGCAUGCAGGAGAUGUUGUCCAUGGGGAUUGGGAACAAGCCGUACCUGGACAUCAUGCCUAGCGAGGCUGCCAUCCACGACCGAGCCAUCAAUUACAUUAUGAAAGGCAGAGGCGCCAGGACCCGGGCUUCCAUUGCGGUGUCUCUCUUUGACCAUGCCAACCCUUACAAGAGAUCUCCGACCACUCUGCCUGCCAGCAGCCCAUCCUCCUGCUCAGGGAUUGGGCCUCUCAACCUACACAUGUACCUGGACCAGACCUUGCUGCCUACGGUGCUGCCCACCAGCCUUCCUUUAAGGGCUGGGGUCUGCACUGAGGAAGAUGAGAUGGAGAACGAGACAAGCAGUCAGCCCUCCAUGACCACCGAGAGCUCCGAGUCCUCCCAGGGCCUGCCUGGAAGCGGCUCCAGCAGUUCUGACGGCUGCCUUCACAACUUGUGCGAGGACUGGAGAUCCCCACUCCCCGCAGCAGCAGACUUCUCCUUAACCUCCACAGAUAUGGAGAAAGACUGUUUCCCCAGCAACCAGUAUGUUUCAGCGGUUUGAACGCAGCCAGAAAAGACGGGACCCAAUUGCUGGGCAGACCCCUGGAUGCAGAUGCUAUGAGGGCCCCUCAUCCUUCUGAUAAGCUCUACAGGAGGGAAGCAGCUCCUGUCUGCCUCUUCGGGUAGCCUGAGAGCUGGCACAGGGAAGCCGCAGCAGCUGAGAAAGGCGGGUUGGCGAGUGUUGGUGGCUCGAAUGGGACCCAAAGGCCAACUGGGGUGGCGGGGAGGGGGGAGAAGUGCAAGCGGGAGAAUGAUCCGAGCGCUGGCUGGCUGGCUUGGUUUCCACACCUUUACUCACACCAAAUUUUUAGUAAUUGUAUAAAUAUGCAGCAGGAAUCAAAUCCCAGACAUCGUUAUUUCUUAAAUCUUGCAAUCUAGCUUUCUUUCUUUCUUGCCUGGUGUUUCCUAAUGGUUCCAAAAGCAGGUUCCACAGAAAGCAAAGGGCCGUUAACCCUCUUGCCUUCCUGGGAGGUAAAAUAGCCGCUUGCCUUCUGUUCCUCCACUUUUCUGAAUGGGGUGCUGCCCCUUUGGGAGUUCAAUAAAGGCUCCUCUGACUCAGACCUUUCAGCCCCUUCAGCUGCUGGUUUGAGAGUUCAGUUGAGGCAUCUUCUCUAGGCACGGUUAGGUUUUUUUGUUGAGCAUACAGAACUCCAGGAGACAACUAGAAGUGGCUGCUGUAGCCCUUCCUUCCCGCGCACCUCUUGUCUUGUUGUUAAUCACAACUUUGUUCCAUUCACAUGCUAUGAAUAUGGGUUUUAUUUUAUACAUGUAUUUAAGAAUUAACAUUUUCACUUUCUGAGAACAGAUAUUACAGCUAUUUGGUGCAAUACAGCAUGGAGAGCUACUGUACUGGAUUUAGAAACAUCAGAAAUAUUUUUUUCUUAAUCUAUUACUGGCUUUUAUAGAGAGUUUACAAAAAAAGAAAGCAAGUUGAAGAAAGCUUAGACUAAAUUUUUCAGGAACACAUCAUCUCAUAUAUUUCUGGAAGUCCUUGAUUUUGUUUAUUUUUUAAAUAUUGUUAUUGCUAGAAAUAAAGUCCUAAUAUAUGGUUGCUGCCAAUGUUAUUUUUAAAUCUCAAUAAAAAGUUGUUUCUUCCA